AUGACCGACAUCCGCCGGUCACGAUCGAACACGUCCAUGUCCACUCGCAGUAACCGCCCUCCUUCUCGCGCAUCAACGACGAGCGUUCAUUCAUUCGAGCAAUUUCAGCAACCGCAACAGCCCCGGUCUGCCCAAUUUCCUCAGCAGCCGCAAUACCAUGCGCCUUUCACUACAAGUGAGGCGCUACAACCUGCACUCAUCCAGGCUGCGCAACAAGUCAGCGCACAGGACCACCUGAUCAAUAUGAGCUUGGAGAGCGUUCAGCAAUAUCUUGGUUACCCGGCAGAGUCAAACACGAACCAACCCCAACACAGCGGGCUACCGGCGCAACAACAUCACCACGCUUACCACAACUCACUCUCACAACACUCGCAACACUCCCAGUCGUCACAGCAACACAACUUCAUGGCGCCGUCGCUGGACAAUGAGGAGAAGAAGAAGAGACCUUCGGCGUCGGGAGCGGCAACAAAUGACAAAGAACUGCGCCAAUUGUUGAACCAGAACGAGAACCGUGACCUGAAGGAUGUCGCAGCCGAGGUCAUCCAGAACGAUCGGACAUCCAAGGCGGAGAAGUCUAAGCAGCUCUUCGCCAUGCUAUGGCUGAAGUGCGUUUGUCGCAUUGCAAAGACAUCGGUCCCGCGCAACCGUGUCUAUUCAAAGUACGCAGAGCGCUGCGGUACUGAUCGCGUCAUCCCCCUCAACCCGGCCUCGUUCGGAAAACUUGUUCGCGUCAUCUUUCCCGGAAUUCAGACAAGGCGUCUUGGUGUCCGCGGAGAGUCCAAGUACCACUACGUUGACCUUGAGCUCAUCGAUGACAAGAGCGAGGCAGAGGAUGCGCGUAGGCCCAGUCACGGCGCGGCCGCACAUCAUGCUCUGAAGCGUCAAGCUUCUGGUACUCCCAGACUCAAUCUUGAGUAUGUCUAUGCUACUUCCCUUGCUAUACGGAACAAGCUGACAGUCUCUAGCGCCACCCCCCGGUUAACUGCCGAUAGCGCACAAUUUCCUCCACGAGAAUCGCGGAUGGAAGCUCAAGGCAAUUACUAUACUCCAACUUCAUCGCGCGGCGUCCUCUUUACCGAUAUCUACUCGCCUCACUUCCAGCCUUCUCACACCCGGACAAAGACCUCGUAUGAGCACGAGCUCAAAUUCCCUACGCCUGAUAUCCUCGAGGCGCCGGAUGGUUUUGUCGUGGAGCUACCAGAUAUCAAGCCAUAUCUUCCUGCACGUACGGAUCCCGAUUCUGCAGAUAACCUUGUCGCCAUGUAUCGUUCACAUGUUGUGUCAUUGGUGGACUCUGUACGAUACUGCAAAGAAAAGCAGUUCUUCCGCCUCUUUGGGACUUUCCAUGGGACUUUGACUGUGCCUGUACAGAAGUUAUUUGCAACUCCCGAACUGGCACCAUGGAUAAAGGAAUGCGACUGGAUGAUGUACCAGAAGAUGAUCCGUAAUGUCUCUCAGCUUACGCUCCAAGUAGCGCCGCCACCGGUCCUGAAGUUUCUUGAUAACGUCGCAAAGACGCUCCAUGCGCACAUCACCGCCAAAUUUUCGGCGCUCCCCGUACAUGUGCUCGAGGCGAAGUUAGAACCCGCUACUCUGUUCGCCCAUCUUCUCCGCCAGAUGCUCCGUGUCAACUCCGCGGCCCAUGCGGCAGCUGUCAUGCUCACUGCUGAGAGUCAUCGCACUCACAUGUACGCCGACUGGCUCCAGCAUGUAAACAUCAAGCGUAUUAUCGCAAAUGAGCUACCCGGCUCCUGUGCUCACGAGGAGGUAUACAAUAUUCUGUCGACUGAAAUCCGCUCCAUGCUAGGACCACUGCCACAAGACAUUCAAUUGCCUUCUGGAUCGAUCCACCACGCAGCGUAUCCCGAUCCGCCAGCUGAUCCUUCAGAGUCAGUCAUUGACCGUAUCGCAGCGUUCUUGACCCGGUUACCGUCCCGCUUCCCUGGUGCCCAUGCUCGUACCAUCAUGCACUGUAUCAGUGCACUUGGCUCGGCUGCCCUGCGGGAGAUCACCGUAGAAAACGGUGUGAGCUUCCAAGGUUGGUGGCUCACCAAGGUUUUCGUAGAUGAGAUGGCACAAUGGCUGGCAUCGAUAGGUGGCUUUUUAGGACAUGCUCCCCCGGAUUGGAGCACUUCCAACUACUCGCCUGUCAUGGGGGAUCCCCUUAAUGCAGGCAUGACCAAUGGAGGCAGUGGAAGCAACAACGACAGUCGUUAUAGCAGUCUGGAAGCCGACUUUGGACCAGAUCAGUCUUUUAUCUCUACUAACAGCCAUGUUACUAUACAAAACAACGGAUCUAAUCAGGAAGUCAAUUCUGGAAGAUUUGCUCAACAAUCACAAUACAAUAUGAGUUUUGAAUACAAUUACGAUAUGAACACCUCUCAACAAGAGGUGAAUCACGACGACAGUGGUAUCGGCCUUGGCCUCGGCGUCCAGGAAGACGGCAUUGACGCCAAGUUUGCAUCGCACCUAUCUUCAGCUCUCUCGCAGAGCGUCAGCUAG